AUGCUCACUCUCAACAUCGCCUAUACCGAGCUAGUCAACAGCUCUGAUCCCUUGAUCCCAAUCUUGUCUCGAGGACAAGUCUGGAACGGCCUAAAGUCGAAGGCCCGACGCCCUCAAAACUUCAUCCCCUCCUUCGAUGACUCCCGAGUCAUCGAAGAACGAGAUGAUGGUUCCUACAUCGUGAGGGCGUUACAUGUUGCGGCUGAUCUCAGCGAAUCUCCUAUGGCUGGAAAAUGGACCAGGGAGGAAUGCAAAUUGCAUGAGCCGGUCAAGGACCUGAUCAAGCUCUGUAUCUCACGUUUACGACGAAAGAGGCAAAAAGGGGCAUGGGAUGACCACAUGAAAAUUGCGAUAUCCUCGGUUCAAGGAACAAUCAAGGCCUUGAGAACUAUGGCAGAAGUGAAGAAAGUGUGA